AACUACACAUCUGUCAAAAAUAACCUGUCAAGAUGACAUGAGCCUGUUUCAUGUGUAAUAAUUGUGAAACUUGAAGCGUAUUUUAGAAAUAAAUAAUACGACAAUUUGAAAUACUCGCACAUUUUGGUUUAAACGAUAAAAUGAAAACAAGAUUUAAUUCUUACGAUAUUGUGUGUUGCAUAACGGAAUUACAAAAAUGUAUUGGAAUGCGUGUAAACAACAUUUAUGAUAUAGACAAUAAAACAUAUUUAAUUCGUCUACAACGUUCAGAAGAAAAGAAUGUUAUACUAAUUGAAUCAGGAAAUAGAUUACACUCAACAAAUUUUGAGUGGCCAAAAAAUGUUGCUCCAUCUGGUUUUAGUAUGAAGAUGAGAAAACAUUUAAAAAACAAACGUUUAGAAAAUAUAAAUCAACUGGGUUCGGAUCGGAUAGUAGACAUGCAAUUUGGUACAAGUGAAGCAGCUUAUCAUCUAAUUCUUGAAUUAUAUGAUCGCGGUAAUUUAAUAUUGACCGAUUAUGAUUUAGUCAUUUUGUACGUUUUACGUCCGCAUACAGAAGGUGAUAAGUUUAAGUUUGCUGUUAAAGAAAAAUAUCCAAUUGAUAGGGUAAAAACAUCCAGCACAUUAAACAUAGAUCAGAUUCGUGAUAUUUUAAAUAACGCAAAGGAUGGAGAUCAAUUAAAAAAAAUUUUAGUACCUCAUUUAGAAUACGGACCGUCGUUAUUAGAACACGUUCUUUUAAAAUUCGGUUUUAAAAAUUCAGCAAAAUUAGGAAAAGAUUUUAAAACCGAUCGUGAUAUCAACAAAUUAUACGAAGCCAUAUUAGACGCAGAAAAUCUAAUGAACGAAGCGAAAAAAAUCCCAUCUAAAGGGUUCAUUAUACAGAAAAAAGAAGAAAGGCCUAAUUCUGAAAAUAUAGAACAAAUGGAAUAUUUUUAUUCAAAUCAAGAAUUUCACCCCUUUUUAUAUGACCAACACAAAAACUCUCCUUUUAAAGAAUUCGAAACUUUUAAUCAAGCGAUUGAUGAGUAUUAUUCUACCUUGGAGGGACAAAAAAUUGAAAUACGUGCCUUACAACAAGAAAGAGAAGCAUUGAAAAAAUUACAAAACGUUCGAAAAGAUCACACAAAACGUCUUGAAGAUUUAGAGAAAACUCAAGAAGUUGAUAAACAAAAAGCUGAAUUAAUAAUGAGUAAUCAAAAAUUAGUUGAAAAUGCGAUUUAUUCCAUUCAAACCGCUUUGGCCAACCAAAUUCCUUGGCAAGAUAUCGCAAAUUUAGUCAAAGAUGCCACUUUAAACGGAGAUCCCGUCGCUAAACAAAUCAAAGAAUUAAAAUUGGAGAAGAACCAUAUAACGCUUUCGUUAUUUGAUCCAUUUGAUGAUGCUGAAUUACCCGCGAUGAACGUUGAUAUAGAUCUUGAUCUAAGCGCUUUUGCAAAUGCUAGAAAAUAUUACGAUUUAAAACGUAGCGCCGCGAAGAAGCAAGAAAAAACGAUUCAAUCCCAAAGCAAAGCUUUUAAAUCUGCGGAGAAAAAAACUAAGCAAACUUUAAAAGAAAUGCAUACAAUAACCAAUAUUAUUAAAGCUAGGAAAGUUUAUUGGUUUGAAAAAUUCUUCUGGUUUAUUAGUUCAGAAAAUUAUUUGGUUAUUGCUGGAAGGGAUCAACAACAGAAUGAAUUAAUUGUUAAAAGGUAUAUGAAACCUAAUGAUAUUUAUGUCCAUGCUGAUAUUCAUGGUGCCUCAAGUAUUGUUAUUAAAAACCCUUCUGGACAACCUGUUCCUCCAAAAACUUUGAAUGAAGCUGGAGUCAUGGCUAUUUGUUAUAGCGUGGCUUGGGAAGCAAAAGUGAUAACUAACGCUUAUUGGGUUCAAGGUGAUCAAGUAAGCAAAACCGCCCCAACUGGAGAAUAUUUAACAACCGGUAGUUUUAUGAUAAGAGGAAAGAAAAAUUUUUUACCCCCAUCUCACUUAAUACUCGGUUUGGGUUUCUUGUUUCGUUUAGAAGAUGGUAGCGUAGAGAGACAUUUGGGGGAAAGAAAAGUUGUUGUGGGGAAUGAUGAUUGUUUAAGUUUGGCUGAUUCAGAAUCUAUUAAAGAUGAAAUCGAAAUUGAAGUGUCUGAUAAUGAAAAUGAUGAUGAUGAAAAAAAAUUGGAGGUGGUGGUAGAAGAUGAGGAAAAGAAGGAAUUUGAAGAAAAUGCAAAUGAUGAUGUAGAUAGAGAAGUUAAUGAAGGAGAAGAAGAUAAUAAACAAAAAAAUGUAGAAAAAAAAUUGGAAGAUGUUGAAAUAAGAAAUGAGGAAUCAUCUGAUGAAGAACAAAAUCCAUCGAUUGAAAUUAAAUUAUUUUCUCAAUUUUUACCAGAAACACCAAUUAAAAUAGUUGAUGAUUUUCCAAUAAUUACUGAUAAAUUAAUGAGAGAAAGAAAACCAAGCGAAAGUAAGAUGUCUAGGCAAAGUUCUCAUGAUAGUAAAGAAAGUAUCAAACAAGAUAAAAAGCAACUACAACCAAAAAGAGGACAAAAAAGUAAAUUGAAAAAAAUUAAAGAAAAAUACAAAGAUCAAGACGAUGAAGAACGUUCUUUAAGAAUGAACAUUUUACAAUCUGCUGGAUCGUCCAAAGAAAACAAGAAAAAAACAAAAAAAGGAAAAGACGACAAUAUAAGUAAAAAUAACAAUAAAAACGCCCCAAAAACUGUUAGACAACCAUUUCAAAAACCGGAAAACAUUGAUAUUGAUGAUGAUGAAACUACAAUUCAAGCUGAUGUUGAUAUGAUAGAUGCUUUAACAGGAAUUCCGGUAGGCGAAGAUGAACUUUUAUUUGCUGUUCCAGUCGUAGCACCAUAUAAUACAUUAAAUAAUUACAAGUUUAAAGUUAAACUUACACCUGGUACAAGUAAACGAGGUAAGGCAGCAAAAACAGCUGUAAAUAUGUUUCUUCAAGAUCGAACGAUAAGUGCAAGAGAAAAAGAUUUGCUUAAGGCGGUCAAAGAUGAACAACUCGCAAGGAAUAUUCCAGGAAAAGUUAAACUUUCUGCGCCAAGAUUACAAGCUAUGAGAAGAUAAUUUGUUACAAUUAUGUUUUAUUAAAUGUUAUUUUUAGUGGGAAUAAAGUUACCACUGAAGAUUAAAAGUUCCAACUUUA